AAUGAGAAUACAUAGUUUAAAUUGCUGUUGGUGAAGUCUCAAGGGACGAACUGCUUCAUCAUUAUUGUUUGGUAAUGGUUACUGGUUAUUAUUUUUGUUUGGUUACUGGUUAUUGGUAGUGGUUGCUUGUGUUUAUGUAAGAAAGAUUUUGACAGUUGUAAGGGCAAUUUUUUUUAUAUCCAAAUACAUAAACUCCCAUUCCUUCGGUAGGGGAAUGGCGUGGUCACUUUCUUAUUUUGUGACUUUAUAUUUUUCACGGAGUUUUAAAAUCCUAAAACCAGUUGUGCUCUUAAUAGGAUAUCCUAUUAUGUCUCACAUGAAAGGCAUCCCAAAUAGGUAGGAAUCAUUGGCCUUAUGUGUUGCAAGACCUCAGCUCUCCCAGUUUCCAGGAUUUAUCAGUUGCCAUGGUCAGGACAGUGGUUUUAUCUAAUCCUAUAAUGCCAUCCUUAGUUUAAACCCAUUAUCCUCCUUUCUCUUCAUUAAGACUCAUGAAGUUUCUCUGCUUUCUCUUGUUCAGGUUGAAUAUUCCACAUUUUUGAUGCAUUUGGGCCUGUUAAUGUUCUGAAUUGGAGCUGAGUUUAAGAGAAUCCUCUGUGUUUUUUCCUUUUUCAGAGCAAGCAUAAAAUCUGCAUUUCCUCUGGGGGUAAAACCAGCUCUUUGAAUCUGAUAGAAAAAUAGAAGCUGGUUUUUCCAGCUGUCUACCAAUACGAAAUCUUCCUAACCUUUUCUUACUUUCUGGUUUUGCCAGUACAGUGACUAGUGACUAGUUGUGAAUGAGGAACUGGAGGCAUUGGGAGAUGCUGAAGGCUCCUGAAUCAUCAAAAGAAGGUCACAUUGUCUUCAAUGCAGCUUUAGCCUUUUUAGCGUUUUAUUGCAAAGAGUUUCCAAAAGCCAGCCACUCCUUGAAAGAUUCAGUACCUAGCAGUUUGCAACUGAGUCACAGAGGGGUUCUUUAAAAAUACAGAUUUCCCAACCCCACCUCCUGGAGAUUUUGAUUGAGUGGAUAAAUGAUGACUCAGAAUCUACAUUUUAAAAACCACUCUGGCAUCUGUUUCCAAAAAAGCUCCCCAAGUGAUUCUGAUGUGCAGCCAGUUUUGGGAGCCACUGUUGCAUUGCUUUGAAAUUCUUUAUAAAUUGCUAGUCCCUUUAAAAGCAUCAUUAUGUUAUCCAGGAUGUUUGAUUUGCUAGAAUAGCCCAUUUCCGAGUCAUGACAGAUAACAGAGCUUCUAUAACUUUUAUGUAAAUUACUUUACAGAGAGGCCCCCUCUGCUGUAUUAUCUAUCAGGAGUCAUGAGGGAGGGUUGGUAAAAGUAGCGUCCUUUAUUUCCUGAGUGGGCGAAUGGAUGAUAAUGUGGAAACAGCUGGAAGUCUGAAUAGGUAGUCGAAUCUAGUUAUGCUCAGUGUUGGUAGGAGAGAUUCCUGGGAAUUCUCUGUAGGUAGGCUUUAAAAAUGAAGCCAACUUGCCAGAUGUUCCGUUUCUACAUAGCUGAAGCGCUAAUUGAAAAUAAUGGAUGCUUAAUAGUCAAUAAAAUUUAGUCACAGGUCCUUUGCUGAGCUCAUGGAAGAAACGAAAAUUGCUGAAGUACAUAACCAUCAGAGUUAAAACAGAAUCGGGGCAUUAAAUUUGUCAGUUGGGGAAUUAAACUUGGGGAAAGCCUAACAAUUUAGGAAAUGGACAAACCUGGUUUUGAAUCCCCUCUCUUCCACCUCCUGGUGGUGCUGCUUUAGACACGUUACUUAACCUCUGUGAGCUUCAUUUUCUUCAUCUGCAGGAUGAAAAUAGUGCUUGGUGGGAUCGUUAUGUGCAUUAAAAGAGAGAAAAUAUGUUCUUUGUACAUUGUAGGCAACUAAAUGAAUGUUCUUUUCUCCCACUUUCCUAUAGGAUUUUUAUUCCGUAGGCUAGAGAUGUCUUUGUAAAUCCGGCCUCCUCUAUAUCUCUUUCCAGGAAUAUCUACUCAGCUCUUUUAGAAAUGUAUGAAAGAAUGAAGAUUAAAGUAAAGAACUAGAGAAUAUGGAUUUUAUCAUGUGGGCAACCUGCUGCAACUGGUUCUGCCUGGAUGGACAGCCUGAGGAGGCCCCACCGCCCCAGGGAGCCAGGACGCAGGCCUAUUCUAACCCUGGGUACAGCUCCUUCCCUUCCCCAACAGGCUUGGAACCAAGCUGCAAGGCCUGUGGGGCCCACUUCGCAAACAUGGCCAGGAAGCAGACCUGCUUGGACUGUAAGAAAAAUUUCUGCAUGACCUGUUCAAGCCAAGUGGGUAAUGGGCCCCGCCUUUGCCUUCUCUGCCAACGAUUCCGAGCCACAGCCUUUCAGCGGGAGGAGCUCAUGAAGAUGAAGGUGAAGGACCUGAGGGACUAUCUCAGCCUCCAUGACAUCUCUACCGAAAUGUGCCGGGAGAAAGAGGAGCUGGUGUUCUUGGUGCUUGGCCAGCAGCCUGUAAUCUCCCAGGAGGGCAGGACUCGUGCCCCCACCUUGUCCCCGGACUUCCCCGAGCAGCAGGCCUUCCUGAUCCAGCCUCAUACCAGCACAGUACCUCCUACCUCACCCAGCAUCCCUUCUUCACCCACACAAGUCACCUCUGUGCCCCCAGCGCAGGCUCAGGAAAAUCAGCAGGCCAGUGGCCGUGUGUCUCAGGACCAAGAGGAACCUGUCUUCCUGGAGAGCACAGCCAGAGCACCUGCUGAGGAUGAGACCCAGUCUGUCGACUCAGAGGACAGCUUUGUCCCGGGCCGGAGGGCCUCUCUGUCUGACUUGACCGACCUGGAGGACAUUGAAGGUCUGACUGUGCGGCAGCUGAAAGAGAUUCUGGCUCGCAACUUCGUCAACUACAAGGGCUGCUGUGAGAAGUGGGAGCUGAUGGAGAGGGUGACGCGGCUGUACAAGGAUCAGAAAGGACUCCAGCACCUGGUGUGCAGUGCUGAGGACCAAAACGGCGGAGCAGUGCCGUCCAGCCUGGAGGAGAACCUGUGUAGGAUCUGCAUGGACUCGCCCAUUGACUGUGUUCUGCUGGAGUGUGGCCACAUGGUAACCUGUACCAAGUGUGGCAAGCGCAUGAAUGAGUGUCCCAUCUGCCGGCAGUACGUGAUCCGAGCCGUGCAUGUCUUCCGAUCCUGAGGGCUUGUACCGGCUUCUUCAGUGCCUUAUAGGGACAUAGCUCAAGGUGUCUGGGCUCAGGGUUGGCCAGCUUGCAGAGGGGCAGGCUAACAAGAAAAUUUGCAGUGUUCCCAAGACCAGAGCAAACAAAGAUGCUGUGUCACCUCUGGGCAUACCGGUCUUGCCAUAGAGAUGCACCUCUUGGCUGGCAGAGCCCGGGGCCAGUGGGAAGUGGUACAGAUUGCAUGGGCAAGUCUGUUUCAAUGAUCUUGGGGUGAUGAUGGUAAUUGAUGAAGAGAGGACUUUCCAGAAUUUGGACCGUAUCUUUCUUACUCUGAGAACCUGAACACAGUUUCAGCCUUCCUCCUGUACCCCACCUACCCCCCGAGCUGCUUGCCUCUGUUUCACCUAUCAGAAGGCCUGAUAGAAAUGGUUCUCUUCCUCCCCAG